GUGCAUUGGAAAUAAAAAAAAUCUAGUAUUUAGGUACCUGCUUAACUUGUAGGAAAAAAAUAAUUUUGUUUGUUAAGUCAAAAAAGUGAAUUUGCAUUGUUUCGACAGAUUUUUUAAAUCUCAGCAUUGUCAUAUCGAGUAUCAUAGUUGAGUAAUUGUGACGCACAAGGCAUAAAUAAGUGUAGGAAAAGGGUUUUUAUUCCAAGAAAACCUACUAUUUUGGUGUCAUGAUAAAAAAUGUCAUCUAAGCCUGAAAAUGACGACGACUCAUUUAUAAUUGUCCUCGGUACAUCCCCCGGUGCAAGUAUGGAUGUCGAAAAUUGCAAUAGAACCGUGAAUAGUGAUUUGGAUCCAGUGUUGGCCAAUUCACAGAUUGAGGAUGCCAUGAAGGAUCUGUCUGUAGAAGCUAAUAUGGCUUUCAAGGCUCAAUUUAGUCUUACUGAUAGUCCAUCUCCGGCUAGUAUGAUGGUGGCCAGUACAAUUAUAACUGAUGAUAGAAGUACAGAGGAGCUACAGAAACGCUUCGGAGAGUUGCUUGACGAGAAUGUCGUCUUGAAAGAGACGUUGAAACAGAACAACGAUUCUAUGAAGGAACAAUUCAUGUUGAUAGCUUCCUGUCAAGAGGAUAUGUUGAAGACCCACAAGAUACAUAGGGAAAAAUUUGAUGAGACAAGAGAUCUGGUUGAGAGGCUCAGGCAAGAAAACAAGCAAUUGAAACUCGACUUGUCACGUUUAACCGAUGCAGAGGUGAAGGUCAACAAUGAGACGGGUGAGAGCAAGUCUGGCGUCUCCUCGGAAAUCGAAUUCGUUACCUCCCCUGACGACGACACCAUCGACAAGCUGACCGUGCAGCUGGAGCUAGUUGAAAAACAAAGACGACAGGUAAUAGUUGAAAAUGAGAAAUUGUCGUGGCAGAAAGAAUCCUUGGAGCACAUCGUUGAUGCAACCACGAAAGAAAGAGACGAGGCUAAGGAAAAAUUGAAGAAUGUUGAGCUCCAACUAUCAACCAAUGAGAACGACCACGCGCGCGAAUUGCAAAAACUACAAUUCAUUAUAAACGAUUUGCAAAGUAAAUUAAAGUCUUCGAGCUCUAAUGUAUCACCAGAGGAAGUAAUGAAACGUGACGCGUACAUACAACAGUUGGAAGGAAAACAUUCCAUGUUGCAGAAUGAACUCAAAAAAGCGCAGAUAAAGAUUAUAGACUUGGAGAACGUAAAAUUGGAGUUCACACAGCACAAGUCCGGGACAUUGGAGACAGUGAAAAUGUACAAAGAGCAGAUACAGGAAUUGAACAAUAGAAUAAAGGAGAUCCAAAAAACGGUAUUCCAGCCAGUUCGCUUCUCGGUCAGCCCCGAGAAUGAGUCGUUACCGGAAUACGCGAACUAUAUGUCCAGCGUGAAGCUCUACGACAGAACGCUUAAACAUCUCUCCGAAUACUUCGAUACGUUGACUAAUGGAUUAUCAGACAGCCUGGUCCAUACAUUAGGAGUGAUCGCAAGCCUGUACGACUUCAAAUUAGAGCGAGCUUCAGUGGACAGGGUUAUGUCUGGGAUCGCCGAGGUGAAGCAAAUGAUAGAAAAGCAACACAGCACCGCUCUUACCAAUCUAGCACAAGUUCGAGGUACGCUGACUAUUUUCGAAGGUAUUUUCAAAGACUUUAACGAGCUCCUUAAAAAGUCGGUCACGAAAUCCGAAAAUACGCCGGCGCAGCUGUCGGCGGCGCUGCUGGCGCGCGCGCGAGAGGUGUCGGCGCUGCGUGCGGAGCGGGCCGACGCCGACCUGCUGCGCGCGCAGCUCGACGCGUACCGAAGUGACUUCGAAGCUGAACGAGAGGCACGGGAGAAGAUGGCGAGUGAGAAAGAGAUCGUACUCGCGGAUCUCAGAACCGCGCAGCGAAAAAUACAGGAACUAACUAGUCAGUUGGAAGAGAUCCGCAUAUUAAGUCCGGGGCUAUACAAGAGCGUCACCACGACCAACGCGUCCGCCAGACCUGCCGCCACUAGACCCGCCGCCGCCAAAUCCGCCGCCGGCACCGCGACCACCACCACCACCACUGGCAACAUGGUCUACACUUGUCCGAAAUGUAUGAAGUUCUCUAGCGACCAGUACAAAGUUAUGGAGGAACACUUCGAUUUCUGCUUGGAUGACUUUUAAAGAGGCGUGAGUAUUGCUGUCCUUGUCGCACAACUAGUCUGAAUGUUCAAAGUCCUAUGUGUUAGAGUGUAUACGAUAUAGUUACCGUCAGUUUUGAAUUCGUUGUUAUAAUAUUUCAAAGCUGUAUUUUUAUGUAUCUAUAGUAUUUAAUUGUUUUACACGCGACAAUUACGUAAAGAUUUAUAAAUGGCGAAAAGUGUAUAUUGCUACGGACAGCAAAUUAAUUAUUUCUAAUUAAAAAAAAUUUCAUAAAUUAUACUCGUUAUUGAGAUUAUAAGUAAAUAAAAUAAAUUUUUCGAUUUUUUUUAAUACAUAUUCUAAUUUAAUAUUCGCAAAUGUUUAUGUCAUUACACCGCCAUUUAUAAAACUUCGUUAUUGGCGGAAUAACUUGAUAUUUUAUUGAUCCCAAUGAAUUAAAAUGAUUUUGGUGUUAUAUAUGUAAUGAUGUAAAUAAUACGUAAUUUCAAACUAACGAAUUAAUCCAAGAAGAGUAUAUUGUAUUUUUUUUUAAUGUAGCGUCAGCAUCGAAAAAACUGGUUUUAAAAAAUAUAUUGAUAUAAUGCCUCCUCCUAAAAUUUUGAUUAUUUCUUAACCUUUUGAAUUAAUUUAUUUUUUCAUUUAUUAUUUUAAAUAAAACAUUGAAAUAAAAUUUGUAUGCUUUAAAAUAAACUUAUGUGAGAGAUAAGCUUCCAUUAUACUUUAGUAAGGUGCCAUUUCAUAUCGUCAAAAGAUUCAUAAACGAGGAUAUGAGUAUUUAGUAUAAUACAUGUAUUUUUAAUACGCACACUUUCUAAGCAAUAAAAGUUUUUUUAAAUUGUUUAGCAUUUGAAGGAAAAUAAAUAUUUAAAUAGGUAAUUUUCUAUUGAUAAACAAUCUUUUGAACUUAAUUAGGGGAAAAAACAUAGUUAUUAUAGUAAAUAUUAUUUUAUUUUUAAAUCUUAAGUAAUAAAAGAUUGUUAGCAAAAAAAUUAAACAUAAAUAUAUCUACCGCUGCACGCAUUUCUUAAAGUGUGUUAUAAAAAUACAGUUUUACUUCCUAUAAAAACAAUUUGUACGAAGCAGUAAAGUGAUUCUAUAUCAUCGAAUAAAUUAAAAUAAAAUUGGAUUUUUUUCCCUUCAGUUAUCAUUUAUCAAAAUAAUUUUAAUUGGAUAGUGCAUUCUCAUUUCAUUGGAUGGUUUUUUAAUAAAUAGCAGCAAUUGUUUGUUUUUUCUUAUUUUAGAAAUAAAAUAAAGGAGCUUUAGGAUUUGAAAUAGUUAAAUUAGUUUAUAUUUAAUAUGUAAUAGACAAAAUUAUAAAAAUAUAUAUGUCAUUAGAUUAGCUAAUUUUUUUUUCUUUAUUUACAUUUCGCACUGGUGAUUUAGCGCGCGAUUCUUUGCUAAACGAUAAUGUAAUUAAACAUUCCGCACCGUGGAAGAGCCUAUUUCUAUUAUCAUAUAAGUUUUUAUAUUUCUAUCAUCAAUUUAAGAAGCACCAUAUUUUCAUAAUUAUUAUAAUAUAAUCUCCCUUUUUAAUUUGUUCUAAUCAAUUAAUUGAAUAGAAAAUUUAAAUUUGGAAAAAUAUAAUUUACGUAUGAUUCUGUUUAAAUGUGGAAUUAUUAUAAAACAUAAUUUAAAAAAAAGAUACCGUAUUUACUUUUGGGGUGCUAUUAUGUGUAAUCAAAAUAAAAGACAAUUUUAUCUCAGUCGUCAUCCACGUGUGUAAAAAGAAAUAAAUUUGAUUAAUAAAACAUAGGUAUAGUUUUUAAUUAAUUGUAAUAUUUGGAAUUAUUUAUAUGUAGAGAACGCGACUUGAAAUUAGUGUGAUUGUUGAAAAGACUGCCUGUUCCUAAUAAAUAGUUUAAGUAAAUUAUAUCUUCAUAUUAUUGACAUACAGCCAUUUUGUAUAUUUAUGGUUUUUAUUUUCCAAGUGGACUGUACAAUUCUUAGACAUUUAUAAUAUUCUAGAAGUGUUUUCCAAUUUAAUUUUAUUUAGCGAUUUCUAUACAGUAUGGACAGGCACACGAAUGAAGUAUUAGAAAUAAUGGAAUUCUAUCGUCAAAGUUGCCUAGCAUCAUAUUGUAUAGAAAUUAACAAAAUUACGUAUUAUUUUUAUUUUUAUUUUUUUAUAGAAUAGGACGAGCAUAUUGGCCACCUGAUGGUAAGUGGUCACCAAACGCCCUUAGACAUUGGCAUUGUAAGAAAUGUCAACCAUCGCUUAUAGCCAAUGCGCCACCAACCUUGGGAACUAAGAUUUUAUGUCCCUUGUGCCUGUAAUUACACUGGCUCACUCACCCUUCAAACCGGAACACAACAAUAUCAAGUACUGCUGUUUUGCGGUAGAAUAUCUGAUGAGUGGGUGGUACCUACCCAGACGAGCUUGCACAAAGCCCUACCACCAGUAGAUUAUAUUAAUAUAUAAUUUUCCAUCACGUGAUGCAUUGACGUUUCCAUACAUUUUUGGUUUAAACGAAUCUGUCAUUGACAUAUGUAAACUCCAUAGCAACAGUUAAUGAAUGAUUUUAGUAUUUGUCAGAGUUAAUUUUAGUUAUUUGUGGUACUUCUUCUAUGAUCGAUAUGAUUACUGCAAUCUAGGAAAGCAAUCAUGAUUCCUAGACGGCAUAUAUCAUAAAAUAAUUCAGUACAAUUUAAGAGUAAUAAGUCUUACAUAUGUAUAUGAUAAUAUCAAAAAGAUCAUUCAAUUGUUUUUUUUAUAUUACAUAUGAAUAUACCUAUUAAUUCUUAUUGAUAUUAAUUUUUCCUUUGAGAAUAUUUUUGUUAAUGUUAGUUUCACAUAAGCUUAAAUUUUGGUAAAUAUCCAAAUUUUAUUUAAAAUUUUUAAAAAAAAUGGCCAAAAUUAUUAAGUAAGGAUUAUAUUAAUCGUAACAUAAUUAUUAGUAAAAUUUCAAUGCAAUAACGUUAUGUGAGUGAAUUUUAUUUUUUAAACUUUUGAAAAAUAAAGUAAAGCCAGACUUGUCAUUGUUUUAUUAUUAUAUUGAAUAGUAUAUUAUUUUAAUAUUUAAUAAUUUCAAAUGAGAUGUGUGGUGUUUCAUUUGUAUUUCAGAUUUUAAAUAUUUUUUAACUAAUUUUGUUUUAAUUCAUAGUUCCGUGGAGAUUUGUUUUUGGAGUGUACUGCAGAUUAGACGGUAUUAUAAUUGU